AUGCCUCGGUUCAACGCUCCAUCCUCAAGAAAGCCAAAGGCCGCGAAUUCCACACCUCGUAUACGGCCUGCGGCCAUGUCUGUGACUCGAAAACCCACAGUCGAAGAUCAUGCUCCUGACAAUGAAAAGGGAUCAACGUCCCUCGGAGCUUCGUCUUGGCCAGAGAAACCCAUGGGCAGACGUCGAGCAAAUCACCACACGGCCAAAACGGGGCCCUACAUCAAGCCGGGCCAAUUCUGGCCAGACGGACAAGAGCCUCCCUUCAAAGGUCAGAAAGCCGCGAAGCGUAUCUUCGUCACCAAAGGCAAAACGCAACCGCGCAAAGAGAUCACCAAAAAUUACGAAGAAAUCAAAGAGCUGAAGAACUAUGUGCCAUAUCGAACUCUACUACGACUACUCUACUACUCCGACUACGACGGUACCGACGAGGAGGAUCUAUUUGACAUCGACGAGGAUGACGCUAUACCUCCCCCCGCAGUCGCUCCCGUUCCUCCUCCUACCGUUGUCCCCACUCCUCCGCGUGUUACUGUCCAUGUACCGGUUGGAAAAUGGGUCGAUGCAGGAGACAGAGCAUUAGAUCCAGAAGACCUCGAUCUUCUAUCGGAGAUUAUGGACAUCCCGAAAGAGGUAUCCAGCAUGCUGCUGCCAUCAUCCGACGCCGUCAAUGUACGGCAGAUACUAAAAUUCACGCUGCCCGACGUCGACGAUGGGUCCUUCGCACAGGCCGGAGCAUCAUGCUUUGACAGUGCACGUCCGAACGAGAACCUGGACCUCCCACCAUUUAUACCCCCAAAGCCGUGGGUUUAUAGCCUUCGAGAGUCUCUCGACGAUGCCAUUCGCGAAGGAAAGAGGUCGAUCGUCCACCCCCAACUCAAAGAUCAACCGUUGCCUCUUUGGAUGUUGAGUCUUUGGGAGAAGCUACACGCGUCCCCAACCAGUCCAACCUCGUUAUCACUGACACCGAGCUCGCGGAUGCGAUCUGCAUGGCUAAAACCGAACUUUGAUUCGUUGCCCAAUGCAUUCAAGACGUUAGAGCAGACGCUCGCCGAAGGGAAGAUUCUCUUUUUCCCAGACAUUUCCCUAACUAGUAAGAUACAAACUGAUUUUAACACAGGAGACUCUUUGAAUCUCCGAGGGGGACUCGGGAGCUUCAUUCAGAAGUUACAGCGGUGGCUCACCCAAGAUUCAAUUUCUUGCGGACUGUUUUGCGUUAAUACCAUUGCUCAUAACGUCUUUGGCGAUCCCCUCGGCGUCCCUGACCCUGCGCGUGCACGAGCGAAAUGGUUUUCAGCGGAUCGCUUCGAGUAUAUUACCCGCGGUGCCACAAGAAGAAAUUCCUACCGUUUCUACGUCUGA